GCGACUUGGCGUGCAACUUUUAAGGCAAUUCUGAAUAAAGAAGCGACGAUUUUCCAUCGAAUAAUCAGUUGAGCCCCAGCCAUCAUUUCAGUCUGCCCUUUCAUUUCGUCGCUCAUCAAAAUGCGUCUCAUCUUAUUGGCGAUGGGUUUGUUCUCCCUCGUCGGAAUUGUCGUCUCUUCUAAAAAAGCGGUUGCUGGUAACGUGCCAAGCGUUUCGAUCAUCGGCGGAAAGCCAGCUGCCCUUGGUGAAUUACCCUAUUUGGCUGCUUUGAAUUUGGACGGCCGUGUUUGUACUGGGAGUUUAAUUAGUACAACUCAUGUCCUGACAGCUGCAUCUUGCCUAGAUUCUAGUCAAUCGUUCGCCAGUAAGUACACUGUGUACUUGAACACGUUAAAGUACGAUGGGACAACUUCCGGUGCUAUAACCCGAAAAGUGAAGAAAUUCAUCCGUCAUCCCAAAUAUGACAUCGGCGUCCUGGUCUUGAGUGCCGCUGUCACUAAUGUUAAGCCCAUCCCCUUACCACCCUCAAUACCAAUCCCCACGACCAAACCGACCACCACAACACCAACCACCACCAACACAAUACCAACAACGAUAACCACGCCCUCGUACGGAUGUACUUGCAUUCCCAUCACACCUGCACCAAUUCCGAGUGGCUACGCCAACACGAAUGCCGUCAUCGCUGGAUGGGGUCAAACAAAUGCAAGCGUCGAACUCAAUUCGAAAGUCUUGCUGAAAGCCAACGUGACCAUCCAAGACGAUUCGUUUUGCACCAGGCAAUACGGCGAAGAAUUCUUCGUCGGCUACGAGUUGUGCGCAUCCGCACCGGGAAAAAGUACCUGUGGGGGUGACCGCGGAGGGCCGAUUAUUGUCAAGGGAGUCCUGGUGGGCACCGCCAGCUGGGCUUAUGGCUGUGCCAAUCCCGAUUAUGCCGGAAUCUAUACCCGAAUUACCACUUACGUCGCCUGGAUUAAAACAACUAUGGCCAACAAUGUAGGAUAAAAACUAUAUCAAACAUUGAUAC